AAGCGAGGCUGCAGCACAGAGAUAAGGCUUGGGACCAAGCCGCAGGCAGGCACACAGACAGGGCUUAGGGAACAGAAGGACACGUCGAAAUGAAACAGUUCACUCGGGUAGUUUUGUUCGGGGCCGCGCUGGUCGCUCUGGUCAGCGCCGCCGGUACCGAGGGGGAGAUCUCCUUCGAGUACCACCGCUAUGAGGAGCUGCGGAAGGCGCUGGUGUCGGUGUGGCUGCAGUGCCCGACCAUCACCCGCAUCUACACCAUCGGGGAGAGCUUCGAGCGCCGCGAGCUGCUGGUGCUGGAGAUGUCCGACAACCCCGGGACGCACGAGCCUGGUGAGCCAGAGUUUAAAUACAUCGCCAACAUGCACGGCAACGAGGCUGUGGGCCGAGAGUUGCUCAUCUACCUGGCUCAGUACCUUUGCAACCAGUACCAGCAGGGCAACGAGACCAUUAUCGACCUCAUCCACAACACCCGCAUCCACCUCAUGCCCUCCAUGAACCCAGACGGCUUUGAGAAGGCCGCCUCACAGCCCGGAGAGAUCAAGGACUGGUUUGUGGGCCGCAGCAACGCGCAGGGCGUGGAUCUGAACCGCAACUUCCCCGAUCUGGACCGCAUCAUCUACAUCAACGAGCGGGAGGGCGGAGCCAACAACCACCUGCUGCAGAACAUGAAGAAGGCUGUGGAUGAAAACACCAAGCUGGCUCCAGAGACCAAGGCAGUGAUCCACUGGAUCAUGGAUAUCCCCUUCGUGCUCUCAGCUAACCUGCAUGGAGGAGACGUGGUGGCCAACUACCCAUAUGAUGAGACCCGCACUGGCUCCACUCACGAGUACAGCUCCAGUCCAGAUGACGUGAUGUUCAAGUCUCUGGCCAGGUCCUACUCCGUCUACAACCCAGUCAUGUCCGACCCCAACAGACCUCCCUGUCGCAAGAACGACGAUGACUCCAGCUUCAAAGAAGGCAUCACUAACGGAGGGGCCUGGUACAGCGUGCCAGGAGGAAUGCAAGACUUCAACUACCUCAGCAGCAACUGUUUUGAGAUCACUCUGGAGCUCAGCUGUGACAAGUUCCCCAAUGAGGAAACACUCAAGUCCUACUGGGAGCAGAACCGCAACUCGCUGGUCAACUACAUCGAGCAGGUUCACCGUGGUGUGAAGGGCUUCGUGCGUGACCUCCAGGGUAACCCUAUUUCCAACGCCACCGUCUCUGUGGAGGGCAUCGAUCAUGACCUCACCACAGCCAAAGAUGGAGACUACUGGCGCCUCCUGGCUCCAGGAAACUACAAAGUGGCCGCCUCUGCCCCAGGAUACCUGACUGUCAUCAAGAAGGUGGCUGUUCCCUACAGCCCUGCAACCAGGGUGGACUUUGAGCUGGAGUCUCUGAUGGAGAGGAAGGAGGAGGAGCGGGAGGAGCUGAUGGACUGGUGGAAGAUGAUGUCAGAGACACUGAACUUCUAAGUGUUUUCGGACCGCCUGCACAUCGAUGUAAUAUAUUCAACAUUCUGUGUGCCCGUCCACUCUUAAAAAACAAGAAUAUAUUGUCUCUUUAUUUGUUUUGCUCUCUUUCGAUCAUUAUUUUAAUUGCUUAUUACUGUUUAUUAAUGUAAAGGUUGGCCUAACACUCCUGUAGAAUAUCCUGCAGACAAAGAAAAAUAAACACUGACGGACACAGGAUGAAGUUUACAGGCAGUUUGAUGGCAGUGAGAUCAGUGUUUAUUUCUGUGGUAUUGUGUUCUUUAUCGUACACGUGAUUUGGUAACCAUGGCACCCAUCUAUAUAACCAAUGAGUGACUGAGUAAUUGUGUAUGUAAAUGAGCUGUUUACAUCAUUACCACGUGGCUCUGUCCAAAAUAAUUCAUCAUUUUUUCCUGUUUCAAAUGUCUCUGUUUCUCCAGGCUUUAGUACAAAAUAACACACGCCCCUUUUAAUUCACAGUAACUGUAAGCUUGCACACACACACACACACACACACACACACACACACACACACACACAAACACACACUAUCUCUCUCUCACUCACGUUUCUCUCUCUGUAAUAUAAAAACUACAAGCUAUGGUUUACAGAAGAUCUGGGACAAUAAAAACACUGUAAAAUCACUGUAAACAUUAUAUUGUAUACAGGCAAGCUCAUGUCCUUGUAUGUUAUUGAUGUUGACAUUUUUUUAACUGACUGCAGCACAGCUUUGAUUUUAGCACAACAUGAAUGGUUAUAAUAUAUACUGUAUUUAUAAAUUAUAGGUAUAGCAAGAAAUGUGUGGUUUUUGUAACUAAUAAAAAAAAAAUCUAAGAAAACAAGGCCAUUACACCUAUAAAUCUGUCCACCUGAAGCCAUUCCUUCAUAUGUGCACUACACAGAGAAUACUGUGGUACAUGAGGAACUGUGGUACAUGUACAAGUUGUUUUUUUGUCUUUUUUUCCAAGGAUAAAACACUAAUCUUCUGAAGUGGAUACAGAAAGUAUAGCAGACUGUAUGGAUGCAGUUCACCUUAUUUGACAGAAUGAAUUUAUUGAAUGUAUAUCUAUAGAAAAGGUUACAAAUGUAAAGAAUGAACUGAUCAAUAAAAUUCCCCUUUAUGUUGUCAAACUA